AUGUCAAAUAAAGUUGCAAGAAGGUUAGGAAAAUGCCUUUUCGUUAGCGGAAGACGAUUCGAAAGUCGACAAUCAAUCUUACAAUUGCGAAGCGUGCUCCGCGAGUCUUGUUGGCUUCAAACUGUGGUGUCUGUCUGUGAACACACCCGAAACCCUCACUGACACACCACUCUCUGCCACACUCGACCAAUCACAAUUUUCAAUGUUCAAAGCCGCCGAAAUUGUGAAUGCAGCAGCUGCCUGCGCUGAAGCAGAAUGCAUCGAACAGCUGAAAAAGACUGAUGUCGUGCCAUUACUGAUGAACUACCUACUUGGAGAAGAACAGAUUCUGGUUGCUGAUCCAACUGCAGUUGCGGCGAAACUUCGGAAAAUGGUUGUUGGAGGCGCCGGGAAAACUGUAGUUAUCAGUGAUUUUGACUAUACACUGUCUCGAUUCGCCAAUGAGCAAGGAGAACGUCUUUCGACCACCCAUGGAGUUUUUGAUGAUAAUGUAAUGCGGUUAAAGCCAGAAUUGGGACAAAAGUUUGUUGAUCUGAAAAACAAGUAUUAUCCGAUUGAGUUCUCGCCGAAUCUGACGAUGGAGGAAAAGAUUCCACAUAUGGAGAAAUGGUGGGGAACAAGUCAUUCAUUGAUUGUCAACGAAAAGUUCUCAAAGAACACAAUUGAAGACUUUGUUCGUCAAUCGAGAAUUGUUUUCAAAGAUGGAGCUGAAGAUUUUAUUGAAGCUCUCGAUGCACACAACAUUCCACUUGUCAUCUUCAGUGCAGGAAUCGGAAACAUCAUUGAGUAUUUCCUUCAGCAGAAGCUCGGCGCAAUUCCACGCAACACACAUUUCAUCUCCAACAUGAUUCUGUUCGAUGAGGAUGACAACGCUUGUGCAUUCUCCGAGCCGUUGAUCCACACUUUCUGCAAGAAUUCAUCAGUUAUUCAGAAGGAAACAUCGUUUUUCCAUGAUAUUGCUGGAAGAGUAAACGUAAUUCUGCUCGGUGACUCGAUGGGUGAUAUUCACAUGGACGUUGGAGUUGAAAGAGACGGGCCCACGUUGAAAGUUGGAUAUUACAAUGGAUCGCUUGACGACACCGCCGCUCUCCAGCACUAUGAGGAAGUCUACGACAUUGUCCUGAUUCAUGAUCCGACGUUGAAUGUGGCUCAAAAGAUUGUUGACAUCAUCAACUCAUCACAUUGAUUCUUCACUUCCUUAUUCUCUUCAAAUUUUCAUGUUUUAUCUGUCGUGUCUCGCUGGCGAGAUGGAUACUGACCACUUUUAUUCGCAUUGUUCUUACCCAAAUUCUAUUUGCAAUUAUUCUUGAAUGCUCGUUUUUUGAGCACCCACACCCGCCUCCUUUCACCGGUCAUUGCUUUGUUCUGCUUUUCCCAGUCUACAAAUUACCAUGCUCCCGAUUCAAAAGUCUGAUACUAAUCCCAGUUUGGCCUUUAAAAGGUCGUCUUCUACUCGCUAGUAUACAUGUAUAGAUGAAAAAUAAAAAGCUGAAAUA